UAUGCCCACGGGCCAGUCCUCGGACCUUCCUGGCCACCCUCUCCAGCCCGAAGCUGCCCAUGGAAAGGCAACCCCCUGAUUGCACCGGACCCACGCACGUGCCCCUGGGCUAUGUGGUGGCCAGUGACAAGUGGCGCGGGUCGCAGCUGGCACAGGCCCUGCAAGGGAAAACUACGUUGGUGUUUGAGGAUGGCCUGUCACCGGUGGAUUUCUACGUGUCGAGCCGCUCCUGCAUCCUCUUCAUCUCCGAAGCGGAUUUGGUGGCAGGGAACAGCUACAGAAAGAGACUCGUAAAGGUUAGGAAUUGCAAUCAUCUUCAAGGGAUUGUCAUAGUGGAAAAGACUCAAAUGAGUGAACAGUACUUCCCGGCCGUCCAGAAGUUUACGGUUCUAGACCUGGGCAUGGUGCUGCUCCCCGUGGCCAGCCAGAUGGAAGCGGCCUGCCUGAUCAGCGAGUUAGUUCUAGAGACCACAAAAGAACCCAGCAAGAACCCUCUGCUCAGGAAGAAAAGGGCUCAGAUUUCGGAGGCUUCUCUGCUGAGGUCUGUGCAGCAGAUCCCAGGCGUUGGGAAAGUCAAAGCUCCGCUUCUGCUCCAGAAGUUUCCGAGUAUUCAGCAGCUAAGCGCUGCCUCCCUCCAGGAGCUGGAGCCAGUGGUCGGGCCGGCAGCCGCACAGCAAAUCCACAGCUUCUUCACCCGGCCCCGGUGACCAGGCUCUU